AUGAACGAUGAUGACAGCAUGGAUAUUGUGAUGAACGAUGAUGUUCAUGACUCAACAUGUAGCGAUCCACCUUCAUCCUUGGAUUGGAGGUCUAAAGGAGCUGUCACUCCUGUUAAGAAUCAAGGCCAUUGUGGUUCUUGUUGGGCAUUCGCGGCUGUAGGUGCCAUUGAAGGAAUAGUUGCAAUAGAGACAGGGAAGCUUCUUAACUUUUCAGAACAAGAGGUUCUGGAUUGUUCUAAAAGUAAUGGUUGUAAAGGUGGAUCUUCGAUCAAAGCGUUCGAGUGGGUUAUAGGAAACGAAGGAGUUGCAUUGGAGAGUGAUUAUAAUUAUACGGCAGUGAAGGGAACUAUUUGUAAAGCCUCACAGAUUCAAAAUAGUCCAUUUAGUGCCAUUAAUUCAUUUAAUCAUGUGAACCAAUCAGAGGAGGGACUAUUGUGUGCAGUUGUUAAGCAACCAAUUAAAGUGAGUUUUCAUGUCACACGAGAUUUUAAGGAUUACACCCAUGGAAUAUAUAAGGGUCCCGAUUGCCCGAAAAAUCAUUCUCGAUUAAAGUGGAUAAUGAAGGAAGCUCUCUUCUUUAAGAAAUGGAAUGAGAACUUAGAAACUGUUCUUGGUUGCAUGUAUUUUGACCUUGCAUUAAGGAUGAAGCAACCACCUUCUCCUUCGGAAUUUGGUUCCUUUGAACAAAGGAUAUAUUAUCAGAAGUUGGAUCGCUCCAAUCGCAUGGGUCGUGCAAUGGUUUGUUUUGAGAUCAAUUUAGACCCAAUAUCUGGAAACACUUGGUGGUUAGAGUGUAGUGAAACUACUAACAUCAGUAUUUCAAUAAAGGGUUGCCUAAACUACUGA